AUGCCCAAGAACAUUACUCCGGCGUCUUCGUACCUUUCAAAUGACUCUUCAUCAGGAGAAAACAAAUACGGAGAAGAUAUCAUCAUACCAGCAAAACCCAACGAUUAUGAAACGCUUUUCCGCAAGUUGGAUAUUGAAGAGAAUGGUAAAAUAACGUUUCGAGAUUUCACUAAAGCAAUGAGGAAACUAAAACAUCCUAUAAGUGAAAACCGUGAGCUUAUGAAACAAGUGUUUAAUUCAUUUGAUGAGGACCAGGACAAAAUUAUCGAUUUCAACGACUUUAAGAAGUACUUGUCAACAACAGACGACCAAAUACUAAAAGGUUUCAACAAGAUUGACGAGGAUAAUGAUGGGAAAUUGAAUAAAGCCGAUUUUGUCAAGUAUUUAAAACAUCACUUGAAUCUUAACGCAAGCAAGGUCAAUGUCGACCUACUUUUCAAACGAAUCGACUACAAAAACGAUGGAUAUAUAACUUAUGACGAGUUUAGGGAGUUUUUGAUCUUGAUGCCUCGAUUACACGGCUCUAGAAUACGAACAGCGUACACAUUUGUGGUGGAGAAUUUUGGUGUCAGUUCCGAUGGUGAUGUCACGUUAAUCAACCAAUUUCUCAAUGGAUUUGGGUUUUUCCUUGCUGGUGGAUUAGCAGGGGUAGUGUCGAGGACAUGCACCGCUCCAUUUGAUAGAAUCAAGGUGUUUUUAAUUGCCAGGACUGACUUGACCUCAACUAUCCUCCAUUCAAAAGAAGAGAUUGCGCGUCAAAUUGCCUCGGGUGCUGAACAACAUGUUAUUGAUCAACUACGCGCCAAAUUAGCUCAUGCCGAAUUGGAAAAACAUAUUCAACUGACAAAAGCAACAACAUUAAGGGAAAAAACCAUUCGUUCUCCUAUAGUGCAAGCAGCAAGAACAUUGUGGUUGCAAGGCGGCAUCAAGGCGUUCUAUGUUGGAAAUGGUUUAAAUGUGUUGAAAGUUUUCCCAGAAUCAGCGAUGAAGUUUGGUUCCUUUGAAGCAGCCAAGAGGUUCUUUGCUCGUAUUGAAGGAGUUGAAGAUGUAACUCAAAUCUCCAAAGUAUCGACGUACUUGGCCGGUGGAUUUGGUGGUGUUGUAUCCCAGUUUGCAGUUUACCCAGUGGAUACGCUUAAAUUUAGAUUACAAUGCUCUAAAUUGGACAGCUCACUACAAGGUAACGCAUUGUUAGUUCAAACUGCCAAAGAUUUAUAUCGCGAAGGUGGUAUGCGUGUGUUUUACCGUGGUAUUCUAGCGGGUGUAAGUGGUAUAUUUCCCUAUGCUGCUCUUGAUUUGGGUACAUUUCAAACAAUAAAGACAUGGCUAAUCAAACGAGAGGCAAGAAAGUUGGGUGUAAGUGAAGAUGAGGUCAAGUUGCCAAAUUAUAUGGUGUUAUCACUAGGAGCCCUUUCCGGUUCCUUUGGUGCUACUGUUGUCUACCCCGUCAACUCGUUAAGAACUAGAUUACAAGCACAAGGAACUUAUGCACACCCAUAUACAUAUUCUGGAUUCUUUGAUGUGUUUCGAAAAACUAUUGCCAGAGAAGGGUAUCCCGGUUUAUACAAAGGAUUGGUUCCCAAUUUGGCGAAGGUGGCACCGGCUGUUUCAAUCUCAUACUUUGUUUAUGAGAAUUUGAAAAACUUGUUUGGACUACAUAAUACAGUCUAG